UUACCCCCGAGGGGCAGAGCAGGACGUGCUGCAUGAGUGUGCGAUGCUUUGCGUUGAGUGAGCCCCGAACCCUAGCGUCGAAUCUGGGUCAGGAAGACGAGCUUCUCCUCAAUGGGCAACACCAGCUUCACCGAGGGGAAGACGGCCUUAACUCUGGGCAACACCACCAUAAAGAGGGGAAAGUCCAAGCUUGCUAUGGGGACCUCCUCCAUUACCAGGGGAAAGAGCACAACAUCUCUGGGCUCCUCCACCAUCACCAGCGGAAAGACCAAGAUCGCCCUGGGGGGCGCCUCUUUCAGCAGAGGCACCACCACCACCUCUUUUCGGAAAGCCAUCUUCCCAAAACGCAAGACGCUCUAGAUGAGAGGGGACCUAGUCGUGGGGUGGGGGGAAAAAAUGUCACAAAAAAGAAGAAGAAAGAAGCACCAUCACAGAAAACAUUUGGACACCACUACAGCAUCUGCACAAGACCUGUUCCAACUGAGAGCCAAAACUGGAUUAAAUUUACUUUUGGACCUUUGACUUGUUUUUUGGUCGUGCCGGAUUUAUCGAGGAAACAGGUCAGUGGCAUCUACAUUCUGUCUCGUAAUGUUAUCUGCAAAGAACAACUAGGUCAGUCAGGUUUCAAGGUAUAAUAGAGCUCCAGCAUGUUAUGUGCUCUAAUGUCUACCCCACCAUGACCCACAUGGUCAAAAAAUCCACUUGGCAGGUGAUGUCUGUUGGCCAGUUAGCACAAAUAUUGUGUGUUGGGGCGAGAUUCACAACCAUUGCCACAUUUAAGCUCCCCAAAGAGAUCAGCUCCUUGACAUUACUUUAUUAAGUAAUUCCCUCAGAAAAGUUGAUUUUGUAGAUAAUUGUACUAUUCUGUCUAAAACUUAACAUGAAAAGUGGGUAGUGAAACAUAGGGUCAAAUCUGGUCAUAUUUGUGAAGACUUCCAAUGACAGAAACAUUUAUAAA